AUGUUUCGUUUUCUACUUCUUACCAUCUUUCUUAAAUUGGUUCUAUGUUUAAAUCUUCAAGAACGGUUACCGAAAGGCGACAUCAUCUGUAGCUCGUACGGAUACCAGGUCUUGGAGGCGAAGUUUGGCAAUGAAAGCCAUUUACUGUGCCUGAAGAUGCAGAAGAUAGGGUCGCUACCUCUGACAUCUCUCCAUUCAACAUUAUUAUUGGAUCCUGGACCAGAUGACAUACAGACUGGAAAAGAUUAUCCUUUAGCAGAUAUCACCAUGGCCUACGGUUUCCCAGUCGAAGACCCCAGUACCGGAUCAGCAGAGGGCUAUAUAGGAGAAGAUCAUAAUUUUUACGGUGUCUUAUAUAUAGAUUUUAAUGAGGACGGAGUGCCUGACAACAUAGGGUUCUCAGUGAAAUAUAUUCUGGUGCUCACAUCCCGUGAAACUAACAACCGAGUUUUCGGAGAUAUAGUCAAUGAUCGCGCAUUGGACGGGAGGCACUACCUCAUGCGGUUUUCAAGGCUAAGGCGUCUAUCCGAAGUCUGUCUUGGCGUUGCCUUCUCGGGGCAUAUGUUCCUGAACAGCACCCUUGGAUUAAGCUUUACAUCCCUCGGGGGUGGUUUGGGUGGCGCAGCGGGUGGUUUAUGCGACAGGAGAGCCUAUGGAAGGUCAUUCAAUUCUCUCGCAUUAGCUCACGCAACCCAAGAAUUGAACGAGAGGGUCCCCGAGAGGGUAGCCGCUCUCAAUCUUGCACAUGAGAUCGGUCACAGUUUUGGCGCUCAUCACGACGAACACUUCCCAAACCCUGAUUGUCGCGGCUAUGUCAUGGGAUCUCAGUCCUCCCCCACAAACUCUGCACACCCAUCUGAGUUCUCCAUAUGCAGUAAACGCUUGAUAUCGGCCACUCUGAGCAGUAUGAGCUACUGUUUAUCAGAGAUCGACCAGCCUUUCUGUGGAAAUGGUAUAGUAGAAGAUGGAGAAAUCUGCGACUGUGGCCUGCCUUCACUCUGCAAUCAAAAAGACCCUUGUUGUACGCCGCGUGCUGGUGGUGCCCUUGUCUUUGAAGAAGGAGCAUUGCACAAAGAAGGUUGCUCCGUCGCACCUUCAGCCAUGUGCCACCCUGCGCAGGGUCUGUGCUGCACUUUCGAAUGCCAAUAUGCGAACUUAACCACGAGCGGAAUUGAUUGCACGAUGCAAGAGUUGGAAUGCACGUGUCCAAACCUAUCUGAAUGUCGGUGCGGUCUGGGCGGGCGAUGCUUGCCAGACAAGAGUUGCCACGCCGCGGAAUGUGCUAUCUUGGGCCUUAGGGAGUGUCCAUGUCCCCAUAAUGAACCAGGUGGCGUGAUAAGCAAGAACAAAAUGUGUGGUGUAUGUUGCAAUCUGAAGAAAUCCGGUUCAACCAAGGAAAAAUACUUGGGCGCCGAGUACGCUGCAAAGGAACUUAUGGAGUCCUUUGAACUGUCUGUAAACUGGCCCGAUCAGGAUUAUAUGGGACCGAACGUAACGAUAAACCUGUGUGAAAACGCCACAACUUGCAGACAGGUUGAGUUACGCGCCUGGCCACCAGGUGGCGUGUGUGUAGCGCUCAACUCAGUGGGCAUAUGCUCCCCGCAAGGCCACUGCAAGAGUGUGUUGAUGUCACCCACUUCCAACGUUUACCCGGAUAUUAUGGUACGUUUUAAAGAAAGGUCAAACAGGAGACAUUUCUUACACAAGGAAAGAAGAAAAAUUGUAUCUUCUCCUACAGCUUUAUCAACUCUCACCGCAUUGGCGCAAGGGUGGAAAUAA